CUUUUACUUGGUCCAGUCUGUCCGUGGUGAGACGGUCCCAUUCAGGAGGAUUCUUUAGGGGGCGAAAGAAAAUCGGACUUUUAAUAAGUUUGAUUGAUUGUCUCGCAUCUGCGGGAAAUCCUACAUUUAAUCGAAAACUAUGGCUUCUUCCGAUGUUGCUCCGCAACUGGAUAAGGGAGUGCGGCCUCUCUCUCUAGCAGGCCACGUGGGUUUUGAUAGCCUCCCAGACCAGUUGGUCAACAAGUCCACCGAUCAGGGGUUCUGCUUCAACAUCCUCUGCAUCGGUGAAACCGGUAUCGGCAAGUCCACCCUGAUGGACACUCUGUUCAGCACCAACUUUGAAAACUUUGAGUCGUCCCACUUUGAGCCUCAGGUGAAGCUGCGGGCUCAAACCUACGACCUGCAAGAGAGUAACGUGCGACUGCGCCUCACCGUGGUCAACACGGUGGGAUUCGGAGACCAAAUGAAUAAACAAGAGAGCUAUCAGCCGGUGGUGGAUUACAUCGACAGGCAGUUUGAGAGUUACCUGCAGGAAGAGCUGAAAAUCAGGCGCUCGCUUUUCAACUAUCACGACUCGCGGGUGCACGCCUGUUUGUACUUCAUCUCCCCCUCGGGACACUCUCUCAAGUCCCUGGAUCUGGUCACCAUGAAGAAACUGGAUAGCAAGGUCAACAUCAUCCCCGUCAUCGCCAAAGCGGACACAAUCAGCAAGAGCGAGCUGCACAAGUUCAAGAUCAAGAUCAUGAGCGAGCUGGUGAGCAAUGGCGUCCAGAUCUAUCAGUUCCCCUUGGACGACGAGGCCGUUGCCAAGGUCAACACGGCCAUGAACGGCCAUCUGCCUUUUGCCGUGGUGGGCAGCACGGAAGAAGUGGCCGUGGGCAACAAGAUGGUGAAGGCUCGUCAGUACCCCUGGGGGAUUGUCCAAGUGGAGAACGAGAGCCACUGCGACUUUGUGAAGCUCCGUGAGAUGCUGAUUUGCGUCAACAUGGAGGACCUGAGGGAGCAGACGCACACGCGCCACUACGAGCUGUACAGACGCUGCAAGCUGGAGGAGAUGGGCUUCAAGGACACCGACCCCGAGUGCAAGCCCGUCAGUCUGCAGCAGACCUACGAGGCCAAGCGUCAGGAGUUCCUGGUGGAGCUGCAGAGGAGAGAGGAUGAGAUGAGGCAGAUGUUUGUGCAGAGGGUCAAGGAGAAGGAGGCGGAGCUUAAGGAUGCAGAGAGAGAGUUGCAGAGCCGCUUUGAGCAGCUGAAGCGGCUCCACGCCGAGGAGAAGUCGGCAUUGGAGGAGAAACGGCGCAUGCUGGAGGAAGACCAGAGCUCCUUUGGCAAGAGACGUGCCGCCGCUCAGCUGCUGCAGGCCCAAAGCUUCACCGCCAACGGCAAGAAGGAUAAAGACCGCAAGAAUUCUGGGUUCAUGUGAAACAAUCGGGAUUUGAACUCCAGUCUGACCAACAUCAUUCCCAAAAUCCUUUGUGGCCAGUCUUGAACACUAAUCCGAAGUCUCCCAUCAGCAUCAGCACCACCGCCAGCAACACACAAGUGUGUUUUAUGUGCCAAAGUUAAGACAAUACGUUUUGCUUUUUCCUUUGAAAUAAUGUGUUUUUUUUUUUUUUUUUUUUGUACGUAUUCUCUAUGAUACCUCCUUUGUUGUUUUUAAGCUUGCUGUGGUUUUAGAGGCUGGCUUGUUUAUGUGUUGGGGUUAAUAAUGGACCUAUAAUGAUUUUAAUGGUACAUUCAUGUCUCUGAUCUUGUAAUCUGGUCACCAGCAAAGUGGAUGCUGAGAACAAAGCAGCAUCUUUUUUUCAUUCUAUGGACACCUUUGAUCAUUCAGUUUCAUUCAUACUUAAAAAUGUAUCUGUCAUUCUUUGAUUUGGAUAAUUUAUUAUUAACCCUUUGAGAGUGUUUGUGAAAGCAAGCAAGGCUUCAACAAGUUUUAACUUACAACAAAGUUGUGUUUACUUCUUUGAGUUGGUUACAGCAUAUUUACAUACACUAAACUAGACAGAAUGUUUUGUUUCGCUUGCUUUCUCGUUUCUGCUGACACGUGCGCAACAACGCUGAGUCGUCGGAAAAUAAACGAGACGCAAGAUAAGAGGCAACAAUAUCGUACUUUGAUGCACUCGUGUAUGGGACGAAACGUCGUGACACUUUACACUCCACAUGUUCCACGUGCCUUAUGUGUGUCCAGCCUUCAGUAGGAUAAAAAAAACACGCAGCAAAACACACCGAUGCCUAACGGGGGGAACCUUUUUAUAUUUGUACUACACUCGUAUUUAUGAAAUAAACAGUGUUACUCGG